GAUUUUAAGUUUUACAUUGUCUUGAGCUUCACUUCUGCAGGAUUUGUAUUUCACAUAGAUGUGAACAACAAGUUCUCAUAUCUUUAGAACCAAUGAAUACCAAGGUUAAGUGUAAAAAAUGCUUUGUGAUUAUGCUGAACAUAUUUGUUUUUACUUCAGUGGGAUGAUCAAUGAAAAGUUUACGCUUUAUUUUUGAGCUUUAAAACAGUUUGGUUUUUUGUACAGAAAAUAUGGAACAUAUUAUUAGAGAAUUUUAUAAAUUAAUAUAUUGUGGCAUCAUUAAUAUGUCACAAUAAUUUGACACUAUACUUUUGAUCUCCUAAAUUUCUUUAUUACAUGGCAGUCAUGCAGCCAAUAGCGUGCAGGUAUUGCGAGUCCUGAUGCGACAUUUGACCAAUCAGAGCCCUGAGUCUCAGAAUCAGGUGAACGUCUCCGCCCACCGCCCACUCAUCUGAGUGAAGACGGAACGCUCGCGUCUGAAAGAGAAAUUGAUGGAAGUCGUGUGGUCAAACCAUUAGCUUUUACUUUUUGGACCACUUUACCUGGCCGAGAGGCAGAAGGCAAGCAUCCUUGUGAACGCAGAGCGGGAGGACCUCACAAAGUGUGCGUGGAAAUACAUAUCUGAACUUUUUUCUGUUUUGUCACGGCUCUGACCAUUGGCAGUGAUGGUGUUCUGUGAGUUCACAUCCACAGCUGCACAGCUGUAUGACAAGUGGAUCAAAGAUGCAGACCCCAGGACAAAAGACUGGCUGCUCAUGUCCUCGCCGCUCCCACAAACACUUAUUAUUGUAUUUUACAUCUACUUUGUGAUGUCACUGGGGCCCAGAUUAAUGGAGAACAGGAAACCGUUUGAUCUGAAGCGGGUUCUUGUCAUCUAUAAUUUCAGCGUUGUGGCUUAUUCUCUUUACAUGUGUUAUGAGUUUGUGAUGUCAGGCUGGGGAACAGGGUAUUCAUUCGGCUGUGAGCUGGUAGACUACUCUCGAUCGCCGAAAGCCAUGAGGAUGGCAUGGACUUGCUGGCUCUAUUACUUCUCCAAGUUCAUUGAGAUGUUGGACACAAUUUUCUUUGUACUAAGGAAAAAGCACAAUCAGGUGACCUUCCUACACGUUUACCAUCAUUCCAUCAUGCCUUUCACUUGGUGGUUUGGAGUCCGGUUUUCUCCAGGUGGUUUGGGGACGUUUCACGCCCUUCUAAACUGCAUCGUUCAUGUCAUCAUGUAUACAUAUUAUGGACUGUCAGCUCUGGGCCCUGCCUACCAGAAGUUUUUAUGGUGGAAGAAGCAUUUGACUUCAGUCCAGCUUAUCCAGUUUGUCAUCAUAACCUGUCAUAUUAGCCAGUACUUCUUCAUGAAAGACUGUCCUUACCAGUACCCCAUAUUCAUCUACAUCAUUGCUCUGUAUGGCAUCAUCUUCCUCUUCCUCUUCCUCAACUUCUGGUACCAUGCAUACACAAAAGGCAAAAGGCUUCCUAAAGUCCUGCAAAACUCAACCAUGCAGCAGAACAACAAUGACAUACACCACAAGAAAGAUUAACUGGUGCAGUGUGACUAACCAAUCAGUAGUGACAAUCUACCUAAAACUGCCUUUUGGCUACAUUUUUAUAAGACUCUUUAUAUGUACACCAUAACAUUUAUCUUGAUGCCCUGGGAAAAACGUUACUGUACAGACUGUGUGUUGCAGUCUGGGCUGGAUCUUGCCUUCUGAGCUGGGCAUUUGAGUUGAACUCUGGGUCAUUGCCCUGAGGGCUGCUCCUGUUUCUACUCAUUUUCCUCAUUGUUUUCUGCAUACUGACGUGUUUCCCCUUCCCAUUUAAUGAGAUGUGAAUGAGUCAGAAGCCUCCCAGCUCCUCACUCAUGUUAGUCACAAAAUUUUUAUUGCCAUUUUAGACCUUUUUUUUUUUUUGUGUAUUUAUAUAUUUAUGUCCCUGUUUUUGGCUAUAUCAGUAAAUAAGAUGAAAAGAGUCGGCAACUUUUUCCUCCUCUUUCUUCAUAAAAAGCAGAACUGUGGGGAAAAUUCUACAGUGUACACGAGGUGCUAUCUCCGUAAUGCAUAUUUAUGUCUGUCUUUCACCCUUCACAUGUGACAUCGCGCGAAUGGUAGCUGUACUGCAACUGUCCUUGAAGGAACCGAUGCAUUGUUCUCAUCUUGCUCUGUUGGUGAAGAAGGACAGGAAUUCGGUUACCUUUUUUAUUAUAUAUAUCUUGCCAUCAUGAAUGUCUUGGAUGUUUUUUUCUGGGACAGGAGCUUGCAAUUUUUGUAGAAGGAAAUGUAUUAUGUUAAUUAACUUUUAAAUAUUUAUGAAAAAAAAAUAAAUGCUGUAUUCACUUAUAUUGC